AUGGGUCCAUCUUCCAACUUCGACCCAAAUCAGCCCAUUCCUCACAAAUCCCUCGACAACACCUCUCUCAGCCCAUCCCGAGUCAUCCUCAAAGCUCGACCCCAUUGCCCGGCGCAAACUAUCAACAGAAUGUUCCUGCAACGCUCCGCCCUCACUGCGGCUCGCCGCGUCGCCGCCCGACCUGCUGUCGCUCGCACCUUCACCACCUCUUUCGCCCGCCGAGAUGCCGCCCGUCCUGCCACCCCCAACGAGCAGGCCGCUGCUCUUGCUGGCACCGCCGAGAAGAAGGUCGGCUCUUACAAGACUCUGAAGGAGGUCCGAACUGAGGAGGAUCUCUUCGGUCCUGGUGCCGCCCCCGGAACUGUCCCUACCGAUCUCGAGCAGGCCACCGGUAUCGAGCGUCUCGAGAUUCUCGGUAAGAUGGAGGGCGUCGACAUCUUCGACAUGCGCCCUCUCGACGCCAGCCGCCUCGGAACGAUGAAGGAUCCCAUCAUGGUCCGAUCCGCUGGUGAGGAGCAGUUCGCCGGCUGCACUGGUUUCCCCGCCGACUCUCACAGCGUCCACUGGCUCGGCAUCACCCGCGAUCGCCCCAUCGAGCGAUGCCCCGAGUGCGGCAGCGUCUACAAGAUGGACUACGUCGGUCCUGAGGACGAUCACCACCACCACCACCCUCCUGAGUUCGAGGAGCCCAAGACCUUUGCCGAUUACAUCAAGCCCGAGUACCGAUACAAAUAA